AUGCAUGAUCUGUUUCUCCCAGUCCUGCAAGAGAUUCGCGACCUGGUGGACCUUCAGAUCAUGAUAUCAAAGAACCGUGUCAAAUCAGUCUUCCUGAUUGGUGGCUUCGGGCAAAAUCCAUUUCUCUGCCGGUAUCUCCGGAAGAUUGUCUCUGUGAUCACCGUUAUUGCGCUUGUUGAUGGCUGGACAGCUGUUGCCAGAGACGCUCUGGCGAAAACUCUGGCAGAAACUUGUUCUAUAGUCCCCCAAGUUUCUGUUGACUCUGGUGUUGCCCGGAAGAAUUAUGGAAUAAUUGCGUCCAGUCCUUUCGAUCUAUCCAUCCAUGACCAGGCAAAAAAAGUAACUAUCAUAUUUCCAGGUGUGAUCCCUCGGCUGAAACAUCUAGAUACUGGAGGCGACGACAUCAAAGAAGCACAGCCCAUCAUCACUUUCUGGUUGCAGCAACAGCUCAAAUGGGACCACGGCGCCGCUGUACUUCAAUCGUCCAGCCGCAUUCCGGUUGUUCGCGGCCAAGAUAGAGAGGACUACUACGAAGUGUCCUUUCAGAUCCAUGCAACUUACUACUCAGCACAUUGUGAAUAUUCACUCUGGUUUGAGGGCAAAAAUCACGGAGGCGUCAAGGUCGAAUACGUCUGA